UUAAGCUCAAAUGGACUUAAGGACACACCUGGUUCUGCUUGGUAAUCAGAGGGUUUGCUGCUGUUUGGACGUUCCUCAGGCUGACGCAUGUUCACAUGUUCAGGGGGCUUCAGAGGAAGAUGGGAUCACAACGAAAAAGCAGUCAGGGAUCACGCCAUUUCCUGACCUCCAUCCUGCUGACCGCAGCUGUUCUGGUCCUCCCUGCUCUGAGCCUGGACAGCUUGCUCUGUUACUUCUGUCCCCUGCAGCACAAAGGCAAGUCCUGCCCCAACAUCACGAGCCAGUGCCUGCCUCAUCAGCGCUGCUCCAGCUCCCGGGGCCGCUACGGCCCAGUCCACGUCCUGUCGGCUCAGGGCUGCGUGGACUCUGAACUCUGUGGCUCCCAUGAAAUCCUCUCUCAUCGGGGGGUCAAGUACAAUGUCAGCCACACCUGCUGCUGCAGAGACAAAUGUAACGACCCGCCGAAGCCCGACACCAACCUGAGGACGCUGAUCAAGAUGAUCGCAGACAGAAUAGAUCAAGCUGGCGUCGCUAAUGUUACUAAAGAGGAGCUUUGGGAUUCAUGUGCAAAUUACACAUCAUCGAUGAACUCAACAUUACCUGCUGCUACAUCUUAAAAGUGCCUAUAGAAGGGUUAGGGGAGGCCUGUUAGCCACCAGUACUCACUCGAGUCCCUACACCGCCACUAACAUUUGGUCAAACGGCCAAAUGUUUUGUGAUUAGUAUUUUUGCUCACUUAUUCUUUUUUUUAUUCAAGAGAGGGAAAAAGGUGGAGUUGUCAGCCAUCUUUGUUUUAUACUUGAGUAAACGUUGACAUUUGUGUGUGAAAUGAUGACUACAGCAAAUAAAAGCACCAUAAUUAAG